CAAAAAGGUCGAUUCGCUGGUCAUCAAAUAUACCUGACAAAUACAACAGGUUGGAGAAACAGUGGCAGUUGUUAUGCAGACACAACUUCUCAACAAAGUAUGGUGGACCUAACUCCACGAAUCACAUCAUGUACAGGCAACACCCGAUACCUGACAAUUUACGUCGACCGUCAAAAAAAACCUUACUCUUGGUACACUACACAAGCUAUACUGGAGCUCUGUGAAGUACAAAUUUAUGGUUGUCCAGUAGGAAAAUAUGGUAACAGUAACUGUGGUACCAACUGUGAUACAACCUGUUUUAAUAGCCUGUGUCAUCCUAACAGCGGCCAGUGUACAUACUGUGCAUCGGGAUUUUAUAAGUCCGGACUUGUUUGUACAGCAUGUCCGACAAACUGUUUGAAUGGCGUGUGCAAUGUGGAGUCCGGUGUUUGCUCAGUUUGCGUCGAUGGGUACCAUGGCAGCCAGUGUGACCAAUCAUGUCCAGACAACUGUCAAGACAAGAUAUGUGACCAAUAUAGCAGUGUGUGUACAG